AUAAUAUAACAAACGCCUCCCUUCUCUCUCUCAAAAUUUCAGAUUCCAAUCGCAUUGUUCCGUCUUCGCCCCUCUGCAUCUCUCCGUCGAUUUUUCUUCGAUCGGAUUUAAUUGGAUUCGCCGCCGACAUCCCGAAUCCAAUUCUUCAGAUUCCGGUUAUUAGGGUUUUGGCCUGCCAUCGACGGGAAUACCUACCUAAGUCGAUUUCGCGCAGGAAGUUAGGGUUUUGAAAUUCGAAUUUUGGAGGCGGUUUUUACAUUUAGUUAUUAUGCCGAGAAGUUCGCGGAGCAAAUCGCACAAGCAAAGCAAACAUAGUUCGAAGGAAGCGGCGGCUGCGUCGACGGUGAGGGAGUACUCGGGUUCCGACGAGGAUGUGAAGAUGAAAGAUAGGAGUAGUAAUGGUGGUAAGGAAGAUGGGGUUUCGUUUAGGAUAUCUAAAGAUUCUUCAGUAUCUGGAGAAAGACGGAAACAUGUUAAAGAUCUGUUCAGUAGUCAUGGGAAUGGGGAUGUAUCAGAGGAGUAUACGACGUCUUCGAAGCGGAAGGAAGAGAAGAGUCAUGGCGGUAGCGAUAGGUGGAAUGGUGGGAGUAGUGAUGAGAAAGGUGUAGUUGUAAACAUAGAGAAUAAGGAGUUAUUGAAGUCAAAGGAUUUGUCGAAAGUUGUGGGUGAGUCGAAGAGCAAGAGUAGCCGGAGGCAUGACGCUGAGAGUGCGAGUGUCGUGGUUUUGGAGAAGGAUGAAAGCAAGAGCGGCAGUGGAAAUAGAGGCGAAAAGAGAAAAUCUGAGAAAGAAUCUGCGAGAAAAGAGAGUAGUCAGCACAAAGAGAAUAAGGAAUCGAAGGAUAAGGAUCGUGGGUCUGACAGGGGAAGGAAAGCCCACACUGAUAAACUUGAGGCCGAGGCAUCAACGAAGCAAGUUGAAAAUCAAUCGAGCAAAAGAGGAAAAGAAAGUACUGAUUGGCCUAUAGAAGAAGGGUUGAGAAACCCUGAGUUAGAGAAGGAGCUUGAGAAGCGGAUGAGAAGAAGAGGAGAAGCUUCUAGUGACAAGGACAAAUAUCAAGAUGACAUGAAAGAAGGUGAUGAUAGGCGGCUGUCUGUUAAAAGACACAAGGAUGAAGGACAUGGGGAAGAGGGUGUUAGACAAAAAGACGAAAAACACCGAGGAGAAGAUGAUAGAAAGAAUAGGGAUGCGAAGCACCGAGGGGAAAGAGAAAGAGAAAGAGAAAGAGAAAGUGAAAGACAUAGCAAACACAGGGAUGCAGAUAAAGAUAAACACCGUGAAGAUAAGUACAAUGAAGAUGGUCAUAGAGACAGCAAAUACAAAGAUGACAAGUAUGUUGAAAGUGGUGAUAAAGAAGAACGAAGCAAACGCAAGCAAGAUGAUGAGAGAGAGUAUAGACAUAAGGAAGAUAAGCAUCGUGAUGCAGAUAGAGAGAAGAGAUCAAGGGAUUCCAAGUACAAAGACACACACACCUCAAUUGAACCUGAAGCCAAACGUUUGAAGGAUGAUAAUGUGUAUGAUGAUCGAGCUUCCAGAUAUAAAGAUGAUAAAGAUAGGAGAAGAGGUAAUAAUAAUAAUAAUGAUAAAGAAGAGGGUAGUGAGUAUAGAUCACGUAGCAUGAAAGAACAAUCAGAAAAAAGAUCUGGUAGCAAAGUAGACUCAGCCUCUGAAAGGAUAAGACCUUCUUCUCGUUAUGCUGACAUGGAAGUUACAGCCAGCCAUAGCCACAGCCACAGCCACAGCCGUCGUAGGAGUUCCCCUUCUAGAGAUCAUCACAGGGUUUCAAAGCAGGAAGAAAACAAGCAUAGCCAUAGGGAGAGUGUGUAUGAAGAUAGAGGUCGGCAUAAUCAUAAUAAUAGAGAUUUCACUUCUGAUAAUAAGCUAUCUUCCAGGUCAAUGGAAAAAGUCAACGCGAAGGAUGACAUGGAUAAAUCCCCUUCAUCUAGAAGAAGUGGUGAUGAAGAGCCAUUGGGGUCCAAGGAUGCAAAGGAACAUCAUCAUACUGUUAAGGAGACACAUCCUGAUAAUGAUUACUCACAAGUAGAUGGAGACAAUCUAUCUGUUUCAUCACCUUACACAAGAAGUUCUUCUCACUUCAGACCAGGAUCUGAUAGCCCAUUUUUUGGUUCAACAGAAGAUGAUAGGAAUAAGUCAAAUAAUAAUAAUAGCAAUAACAACAAUAAUAAUCGUUACAGGAGAAUGGGUGGUGAGUCUAAUAACAACAUGAACAUGAACAUGAAUAUGAACAUGAACAGAGGUCAAGGGAACUGGAAAAACGUCCCGAAUUGGGGUUCACCAAUGGCACCUGGUGGUUACCUUCCUUUCCAGCAUGUCCCACCUCCCAUGUUUCAUCCUCUCAUGCAGCAGUUCCCACCACCAAUCUUUGGUAGACCACCACCCAUGAAGUUAAACCCUGGUUUGCCUUACCAUGUUCCUGACCAUGGUCGACCUCUUCAAUGGCGGGAUGAAUCGGUCCCACCACCAUCAGCUGCAGCAGCUUUGCAUGGAUGGGAUGCUGCAAAUAAUGCUGUGUUUGGUGAUGAAUCUCAUUCUCAUUUAUAUGGGAGGGUUGAUUGGGACCGGAGAAACCAAAUGGGUAACCGUGGGUGGGAGGUUAGUGGUGGUGGCGGUGACAUGUGGAAGAAUGCUGGUGGAGUAAAUAUGGAUGUGCAGGUGCAAUCUGGUUCUCAGAAAGCAAGUGAUGAGAUUGAGAAUGAGCAGAAUCAGAAUCAGAUGGAUGUUCAGACCUCAACCUUUAAUGGCAAUGCUGUUGUUGUUCCUGAAGCUGAGAAAGUGACUGAAAGCCUUCAGAUGUUUGAGGGUGUAAAGGAGGAGGAGGAGGAGGAGGAGGAGAAUACAAGUCUUGUUUCGCAAAAAGUUUAUCUUUCCAGGGUUGAUGUAUCUCAAGAUCUUACCCAACCUGAGGUUUAUCAACAGUGCACAAGUAUGAUCAUGGAACCGUUGUUAUCCACCACAGAUGAUGAUGAAUUUGACUGCAAGAUAUUGUUUUUGGAGGAGGUUGUAGAAGGCAAUGUUAGCGAUGGUGGUUUGGUGUUUGGUGGCAUAAUAAAUGAUUCUGUGUUUGAGAAAGCCAUGUUUGUUUACAAGAAGCAAAAGGAAGAGUUGGAUUCAUUGAAGAUUAAAGUUACAGAGGUAGUUCCAGCAUGUGAUGAUGAUGAUGAUGGUGGUGGAACUGGAAAGGAGGAAGGUGCUAUGGAGAUGAGUAAAGAAUCUAAAAUGGAAAAGGUUGAAGAUACAAAUCCUAAUCCUGAUGUGAAUGAAGAAGGUAACGAGGCGAAGAACAUGGAGGUGGAUGAUGUAAAGCAGGAAGCAGAGAUGAGCAUGGGGAUGGAGAAAAGAGAAGAGAAGAAUGGUUUGGAUGUGGAUGUGGAUGUGGAUGUGGGAGUGGGAGGAGAGUCAAUUGAAUUUGGGUCAAAAGUAAAUCUAAGUCGGAUACUUGACAACCAUUCUCCUGAAAAAAGUACACAUUGAUGAGACAUUUUUUUUUUCUUAUAUUAUUUUGAGCUUUCUAAUCCAUCUCAUCUAUCAUGGCUGCUUCUCUUUCUUUCAUCAAUAAAACUUGUUCCCUUCCCUUGUA